AUUUUCGUCUGCUUCCCCUGGAGAUGUGGUUUCCAAAGAAAAGUGAAGUUUUGAAAUAUAAACUUAUUGCUUAUAUCUUUAAUAAUGAUGCAAGCACUCAACUUGAAUCAGGUCAUUCUGCUCCGAUUAGAAACGAUCUGAAGCUAGGCUGCUAGAUCGUCGAGAGUCGAGGUCACACGGUAGUUGAUUCUUAGUCCUGUCUCUAUCACUCAGCUGUCAGGUGUUUGGUGUGUUUAACAUUUGAUGUCGUUUAACCCGUGUUAACAAUGCAGACGAUGGACCAAAAACAAAACCCAUGCCAUCCCGUCAAAGGUCAAAGAAUAGAUUCCUCCUGACAGUUUUUUCUAAUGAUAUUCACUGUGACAAGCAAGCAACAGACUUUAUGUAGACCACCCAAAAGAACCAUGUCAUCCUUUCAAAGGUCAAUGAGUAGAUUCCUCGUAAUCCUUUAUUUCUAAGGAUAUUCAAGGUGACAAGCAAGUAGCAGGCCUUACGUAGAUCAAAUAAUAAUUGCAAAGGUCAAUGAGUAGAUAACUCAAAAGCUUUAUUUCUAAGGGUAUUCAUUGUGACAACCAAGCAACAGGCCUUACGUAGACCUACAAAACGCAUGCCAUCCUAUCAACGGUCAAGUGGUAGAUUCCUCACAAUCCUUCAUUUCUAAGGAUAUUCACUGGGACAAGCAAGUAGCAGGCCUUACGUAGAUCAAAUAAUAAUUGCAAAGGUCAACGAGUAGAUACCUCACAUUCUUUAGUUCUAAGGAUAUCCACUGUGACAAGCAAGUAACAAAACUUACGUAGACCUCCAAAACCAUGCCAUCCUUUCAACGGUCAAAGGGUAGAUUCGAAACAAUGCUUCAUUUAUAGGGAUGUUUACAGUGACAAGCAAGUAACGGGCCUUACGUAGACCUCCAAACGCAUGCCAUCCUUUCAACUGUCAAAGGGAAGAUUCCCCACAAUCCUUUAAUUCUAAGGAUAUUCACUGUGACAAUCAAGCAACAGACCUUACUCAGCAAAAUGACCGCGCACGAAUGCCCCGUGUGUUUAAAACUUUUUAUUUCGGAGCCAGUGCUGACAACACAUCUGCAUGACCAUGGACUAUUUUCCCAUCCUUACAAGUGUAUGUUCUGUCACAAUCGAUACAAUACGCAGGGCGACGUAGACGAACACACCAAGGGUCACCUGGAGUCACUGAAGCUGCGACUGGACGAGAAGGGACGAAUAGUGGACGAUUCGGAGGACAACUCUGGGAUGGAGUACACCUGCAUGUACUGUCAGCUGUGUUUUGACGAUGUCGCCGAUCUACAAAUGCACCACAAGACGCAUUUCAGCACAGUGCAGUCGCUGAUCAAACUGAAACAGAACAACUGGGUAUCUCCGAGACUGUUGACAGCAAAGGAUUUUGCUUAUAGCAACAACCUUCUUGGUAUGUUGGGAGAACCACCGUCACAAAGGUCCGGUCCAUCAGCGUUCAGAGAUCCACCACCACGAGAGGUCAUGUACUCCUCAUCUAAGUCCAAAGGCCCUUCAGUAAGGUUCAUAGAUCCACCGUCAAAGUCAGAUUACCCAUCAGAGUCAAUAGAUUACCCACCAGAGUCCACAAGUCCAUCAUUAGAGUCCAUAUAUUCAUCAUUAGAAUCCAUAGAUUCAUCAUUAGAAUUCACAGAUGACCCACCAGAGUCGAUUGAUGAAAAUGAUGUGGAAAAUGCUAAAAAUAUUUUGUUGGAUCACGAUUACGGUUUCAACACAAUUAUGCCACCAAGUUCCAAAAAGAGCGAUAAAAUUGUUCCAGAUCAUAAUUACACUAGCAAAUAUUUUAUGCAAAGAAGGUCAUCAUCACCGGAAGUGAUCGGUACGUCGUCUGCUGCUCUGGUUUCCAGCCGUCGUGGUAUCACUGACUUGACGGCAAAGGUACACAAACUGUUAACUACUGGCGUUAAUUUUACAGCACACAACUGUAGAUUCUGCCAAAGCAGUAAGAGGAUAAGUACUUCGUCCAGUAGCCUGUCGGCGACGAUUCCUUCCAAGGACGGUUUUCAGAGCAAUAUUGAUCAGUGUAACACUAAGACACACAGUCAUGGAUCAAAUACAGAAAUCUUUAAUCAUGGAUCAAAUACUGAAAUGUUGAGUCAUGGAUCAAAUACAGAAAUGUUGAGUCAUGGAUCAAAUACAGAAAUAUUGAAUCGUGGAACAAAUACAGAAAUGUUGAGUUGUGGAUCAAAUACUGAAAUGUUGAGACACGAAUCUAAUGCAGACAUAUGUAAUCGUGGAUCUAAUACAGAAUCACUGCAUCGGGGGUCAAAUACUGAAACUUGCACACGUGGAUCCAAUACUGAAACGUUGAGUCAUGGAUCUAAUACUGAAAUGUGUAGUUGUGGAACAAAUUCAGAAACACGGAGUCAUGAAGCCAAUACUGAAAUGUUGAGUCAUGGGUCUCAUACAGGAGUGUGUAGUCAUGGAUCUACUAAAAUUCCGAGUCAUGGGUCUGAUACUGAAUUGUGUAGUCAUUUGUCUAAUACGGAAAGGUUGAGUCACGAGGCUAACACUGAAAAGAGUUGUCUUAGAUCUAACGGAGAAACAUGUGAAAAUAUGAAUCGUGGAUCUAAUAUUGAAACGUGUAGUGGAUCUAAUACAGAUUCACGUAGUCUUGGAUCUGGUCAGUCACGUGGUUCCGGAUCUACAUCUGAACGUGCACCAUGCAAUAAAUGUUCAGCUAUUCCAACUAAUACACCUCUGGGUGACACUUCCUCUGGAAAUCACAACGUCUUUGCUUCAAAAUGUGAUAAUACGAAACGUCUGAAACUGGAUGUGCCAGACAGACCCACUAUAAUUGAGAAUAGAGUCCCAUCUCACGCAGAACACACAAGUAAAGAAUCGCACGACACUUCUGCCAUGAAUGAAUUAAAAGAUAAUUCGGUGGGGAGUACGCUAGAUCUUCCUCCAGCAACACGUGGCGGUGACGACCCGAGUGGCUUUUCCAGAUCGGAGAGUCCGACCAUGUCAUCGGAUGACGAGAUGGCCGACUCGCCGGAACCCAACAAGCUGUGCAUCGAUGAGGGUUCUGAAGACGAAUACGAUGACGCACUGUCGGAUUGUCACACGAGUUCGGAGGACGAGGACGAACAGCAGCACAGCGCGGAACCAUUUCCAACAGGGUUGUUUAUCAAUCAACAAUGUAAAAUCUUGAAAAAAUCAGCCUAAUAUUGAUAAAUAUUGUCUCUAAAGGUUGAUACAAUUUUCUGGUGUCUUGUUCUGGUAUUGAUAAAUAGUGGCAUUAAAGGUUGGUAUAAUAUUUUUCUUCCUAACUAAAUUCUUCCUGACUAAAAUGGUGGAUAACAUAUUCCAGAAACAUUCCCAACAGGGUUGUUUAUUAAUCAACAAUGUAAUUAUUUUUUUUUCUUUAAAUCAGUCUAGUAUAGAUAAAUAGUGGUAUUAAAGGUUGAUACACUUUUCUUCCUAACUAAAAUGGUGGAUAACAUGUCAUGUUAUAAAACAAUUUCCAACUGUGCUAUUUAUUAAUAUCAACAAUGUAAAAUCUUUUUAAAAUUCAGCCUAGUGUUGAUAAGUAGUGUCAAUAAAGGUUGAUAGAAUUCCAUUAUUAAGUUUCCUAACCAAAAUGAUGGAUAACAUAUUCCAGACUUUUUUUUCCAACAGGGUUGUUUAUUAAUCAACAAUGUCAAAUUGUUUUUAAAAUCAGCCCAGUAUUGAUAAAUAGUGUCAAUAAAAGCUGACACACUUUCAUAUUCUUCCUGACAAAAAAGACGGAUAACAUAUUCCAGAACCGUUUCCAACUGGGUUGUUGUUUAAUUGACGUAAAAUUUUGCAAAAUCAGGGGCCUAAUUUUCAAAGGUCUCUUAGGCUCUGCUGGACAACAAAGCAUCCUCUUUGUAAGUCUUUUUAGCAUUGGCAUUGCACUGCGAGAUCGCAAAGUUGCGAGAGUUUAGUGAAUUGAUAACUAGUGUUGUUAAAGGUUGAUACAAUUUCACAUAUUUCAGAACCAUUUCCAACUGGGAUGUUUAUUAAAUAUCAACAAUGUAAAAUUUGGAAUAAAUCAGCCAAGUAUUGAUAAAUAGUGUCAUUAAAGGUUGAUACAUAGAGGAUAUUUCAUGUUUUUUUUGUCAAAUAAGAUUUAUAUCUCACCGAGUGAAGUUUGCAAGCAUAUAUGCUU